ACAAUACCUCUGUUUUAGUGUUUUCUAGUUUCAGUCCACACAUACACACGCUAUACUCACAAGAUAACCACCAGAGACUUCUUCUUUGUUCUGGUGCUUACACAUAGGCAGAUAGAUAGAUAAAACCCAACCCAAGAACAAAAAAAAAAAUCUCUCUUUCCAUUGAUGCAAAUUCAAUUCAAAUCUUUCCAUUAAAAGGAUUGAGCUUCUAAUUCAAGAUUCUUGCUUAUAGCCAUCAAAUGGUGGCUACGUUUCAAGAAGAUAAAGUAACAUCCUCCGUAGCUUCAUCACCACUUCAAGUCUUCUCAACCAUGUCUCUCACAAGACCACCAACUCUCCUCCUCUCUUCUCCCUCUUCACCCUUCCAAGACCUCAAACCAGAGGAGCGUGGUCUCUUCUUGAUCCACCUCUUGCUAACCUGCGCCAACCACGUGGCCUCAGGCAGUCUUCAAAACGCAAACGCGGCUCUCGACCAGCUCUCUCACCUCGUUUCCCCUGGCGGCGACACCAUGCAGCGAGUAGCAGCUUACUUCACCGAAGCGCUCGCUAACAGAAUCCUCAAGUCUUGGCCUGGUCUCUACAAGGCCCUUAACGCAACUCAGACGAGGACUAACAAUGUCUCCGAGGAGGUUCAUGUCAGGAGACUGUUCUUUGAUAUGUUCCCUAUACUCAAAGUGUCUUACUUGCUCACUAACCGAGCUAUACUCGAGGCAAUGGAAGGAGAGAAGAUGGUUCAUGUGAUUGAUCUCCACGCUUCCGAGCCUGCUCAGUGGCUUGCUUUGAUUCAAGCCUUUAACUCUAGGCCUGAAGGUCCACCUCAUCUGAGAAUCACUGGUGUUCAUCGCCACAAGGAAGUGCUUGAUCAGAUGGCUCAUAGGCUCAUCGAGGAAGCAGAGAAACUCGAUAUCCCGUUUCAGUUUAAUCCCGUUGUGAGUAGCUUGGACUGUUUAGACGUAGAGCAGCUACCUGUCAAGACAGGGGAGGCCUUAGCCGUCAGUUCUGUUCUUCAGCUGCAUAACUUCUUGGCCUCUGAUGUGAACAACAACAACAAUGGACACAGCCUGAGUGGUGACUCGGCCUCAUCUCUGCCUCUUUUUAAUUCAGGAAAGAUCGAUAGUUUCCUGAAUGCUAUUUGGGGUUUGUCUCCAAAGGUCAUGGUGGUCACCGAGCAAGACUCAGACCACAACGGCUCCACACUGAUGGAGAGACUGUUGGAAUCACUCUACACCUACGCAGCAUUGUUCGACUGCUUGGAAACAAAAGUUCCAAGAACGUCUCAAGAUAGGAUCAAAGUGGAGAAGAUGGUUUUUGGAGAGGAGAUCAAGGACAUCAUAGCUUGUGAGGGGUCUGAGAGAAGAGAGAGACAUGAGAAGCUUGAGAAAUGGAGCCAGAGGUUUGAUUUUGAUGGUUUUGGGAAUGUUCCUCUUAGCUAUUUUGCGAUGUUGCAGGCUAGGAGGUUGCUUCAAGGCUAUGGUUUUGAUGGGUAUAGGAUCAAAGAAGAGAGCGGGUGUGCAGUGAUUUGCUGGCAAGACCGACCUCUUUACUCAGUAUCAGCUUGGAGAUGCAGGAAGUGAAAGAAGGUGAAUGAUACAAAAUCACCUGUGUAUUCUCUUUUGUUUAUGAGCAGGGUCCCUUUCUUUUGUUAUAAAUAGGGACACAAUCUUUAGUUGUUUUGUCCUUGUGGCUGUCUUGUUUAUUUUUCCUAUUUUGGCAAAUGCUUUUUAACUGCCUCUGCA